UUGUCAUGUCAUUUAUGUGUGGUCAAAAGGUGCACGAUGAAAUUUUUUUCGUUUCAAGAUUUUCUUUUAAAUUAUCCGUUAUUGGAUUGUUGUUUUGAUUGCAUCAUUCUCAUUUUACGAUGAUCGAUUUUUCACAAGUGCUCAUUUCAAAAGGAAUUGCUUCGAUAUUCACCGGUUUUGGUAUCGGCUUUACACUAGGUGUAUUUGUUCGAAAUUUAUUUGUUCGAACAUCAGCGAUUUCUAUUGUAGAUACAAUGGAUUCAUGUUCAUCUCAUGCUCUCGGUGGUGAUGAAGAAUAUAAAAUGGUUCUUGUAAUACGAAAUGAUCUCAAGAUGGGAAAAGGAAAGGCCUGUGCUCAAUGUUCUCAUGCUGCUGUUCUUGCAUAUAAACAAGCACGUAAAUCAAUAAAUUUAUUGAAAAAAUGGUCUGAUUGUGGUCAACGUAAAGUUGUAGUUAAAGUCGACAGUGAACAAGAAUUGUUAAAUAUUAUGCAAAAUGCAAGAAAAAAUGGCCUAAUUAGUGUUCUAAUACAGGAUGCUGGACGAACACAAGUAGAAAGUGGAACAAAAACAGCAAUUGCAAUUGGACCAGCUAAAGGUUCACUAAUCGAUAAAGUGACUGGACAUUUAAAACUUUAUUAACUUUUAAUUAAAUUAUUUAUAUUUUUUGUAAAAUUUCUUUUUCUAAAUAAAAAAAAAUUAACUAAUUCCCAUGA